CGACUCUUUGUAUCGAUCUCUGGGAGCGUAGUAAUCGUUGAAAUUGGUUUCAAACACUUUUAGGGUUUUUGUGGUUGGGGGAUAUUGAAGAACAAUGUCGUCUUCUUCAGUAAUUAAACCAGAAGACGUUCUUGAACAUCUUAUGAACGAUGGUACUAUCGAUGCUCUCCGAUUAAGAAUCAUCAAUCAGCUCAAAGCCAAUGAAGAGUUAAAGAGCACAACGAUUAAAAUGGCAGAAGAGAGUAAAGUUCUGAACACACCUGGUGCUGAGAAACAGACUAAAAGAGAACUCUUUGAUGCUCUUCGUCAAGAACUCGAAGGUCCAGUGCUAGAGAAGGCAUCAAAAUCAGUUUGGGAUCUGAUUCUUGAGAAGGAUGGGUUAGGGAAAGAGAUAAACGAAACAGUAGAACGUGUCUUUUGUCAUCUAAGCGGGCAAGAACCACCUUUUUAUUCUUCAUCAAACGUGGAGAAAACCCCGAUGGAGAUAGAGAAAGAGACGGAGAUGAAGGAGAAUAAUAGCUCAAAGACAAAACCAAAGAAAAGAAGUCUUAGUGAGGUGAAUUCCUCUGAAGGUACUGAUGAAGUUGCAACGACGAAGAAGAAGCAAGGCGAUUCCUCAACUGUAACUUUAGAAUCUAGGAAAACGCCUUGAGCCUAAGUUAUGAGAUAUUUAUCAUGUUCUGUUGUUCUGACUCUUCUGAUAUAGAUAGUCUUGGUGUUUUAUUGUUGACAUUGCUCUUUUCAACUACUGUAUCUCUAAUCUCUAAUAAUAUAUAAAAGAAAAAGAUAUGUUACAA